AUGAUUUCUCUCCGCGCUCCACCGUCGUCCUACGCGUCGAUUUCUUCUCCCGUGGCGUCUUCUAGGGCAGGAGGCGUCGAGAGGAGCAGUCCUUUCUCAACUCGGAAGCCAUUUCGUGGGAGGCUCAAGUCUGCCGCCUCCGCCGCAUCGUUCCACAAUGGUAGGGCAAUGUGGAACAAAUCACCGGCGAGGAUUCCACUCAGUUGUUCACAGAGAGGUGGGGCUUUAUCUCGCCUUAUCUGCCUGUGCGCUGGGGGUUCUGAUGAACGUGAUGGCGGUGAAGGCAGUGAGAAUACUGGUAGUGUGAUACGAGACGCAGUUGUCAGAGCCGGAGAGCUGUUAUCCAUGGGCUUCCCCCUGUGGGUGUCGGCGGCCUGCGUCCUCGCGCUGUGGAGGCCAUCUGCCUUCGACUUCGUGCAACCAAAGUGGCAGAUUAUCGGCAUCACUCUUACCAUGCUGGGUGCGCCAUCCGCCUUCAUACUCCUUUGAACGGAGGGACUGUACCGAUUGAUAGAUUUGAGCCCCCGUCAGAAAUCGGAUUCUACGCUUCCAUUGAUGAUCGGAUUCUAUGUUGAUUUUAUUGACUAUCCAGGAAUGGGGAUUACUUUGACGCUAGAUGAUCUAAAAGGUGCUCUGCUAAUGCCCAAGGAAUUGUUGAUUGGGUUUCUCCUCCAGUACACGGUCUGUAGCUACCCCAGGCUUCUUCCCCUGCUCAUUUCUCAAGAACAUUAUUUUUUUGGUCGCCAAUGUUUCUUGCUCUCAGUAAGCCUUCGGAUGAUGUUUAUGGCAGGUCUUUGCUCUGAUCGCCUCAUUUCCCAUUAACUUCACAUAUCCUUCAGUUUCUUCAUGCUUUCUCGAAGUGUAUUUAAGAGCUUUUGUCAUGAUCACCAUACACCAAAUCCUGAUUAACUCGGUUCGGGAAUCUUAAUCUUAUUUCACUGUUCGAAUUCUUCGUGGAAAUACUGCACUCCGGAGCAACCAGUAAUCAGAUUCUUUCUUUGAUACACCCCCCGAACUAACCAUAGAUUUCCUCCUUUCAUUUUUAGAACAAGCACAGAAAUGAUGAAUUUUUCUGCCGACUCGAUCUUCUUUGAGUUUUCUUUGCGCAUUUUGAAACUAAAAUGGAUUUCAUGGGUUGAAAUAAACCCAUUUUAAAAAAAUACACCGUCUUAUAUUUCCAUGCUUCUCUAGUUGGGCGCUCUCAUAUGAGCUACUCCGAUCUCAGUAGCUUUUCUACAUGAUUGAAACCUAUGUACUUUUAGGCAUAACCUCCCUCCCCGCUGGCUGAUCUGUAGAAUCUAACCCCUUUCUUUAACCCAUUGGAUGCAACGGUUUUAGAGUACUUCCCGAUUUACUUUCUCUCAUAGUCGAGCAAUUUUUAAGUAUAUAUUGGCCUUGUGUGUUUCCCACACCUGAUGGAGCAGAUUGUCUCUCCAACCGUCAAGAAACUUCAUAUAUUUUGCAAACUAUAUUCAUCCACUUUGCGCUGGUGUAUUCUGCAGAUCAGCUAAUGUCAUUAGAAUAUCGCCUUGCUCUGAACCUCUGGACAGUGGCUCGGGGCGCAGUAGAUGAUUAUGGCCUUCUCCUCACCGCUCAGUAAUUUGUGGAUACGGGCGUUGCUAAUUUCAGUCAGAUUUUCUUUUUUUCCUGAAUAAAAAAUUCAGAGAGCAUAAGAUAUGUGUCCGUAUCCUGCGCAUGAUCAGUCAAAUAAAGUUUGCAAGUAGUCAUUCAGUGCUGAAUUUCCCUGCCCAUGCUCAAAUAAUCUUCGUCUCUUCACUCCACCCACCUGAACAGGGGGUCAAGGCUUACUGCUUGAUCAUGUAUAGCACUGACUACCUCUUACCACCCACUCCAUCUGUGGGCGCAGGUGAUGCCAUUCUCAGGGUACAUGGUAGGCAAGGCCCUGAAGCUGCCUUCGUACUAUGCUGCCGGGUUGAUACUGGUCUCUUGCUGUCCAGGAGGUGUGUCACCGUUACAAAUUUUCAAUUUCCCUUUCCAUGGAUCCAUUCAUCCUGGUUAUCCGAAUCGUCCCUCAUAAAAUGGUUGAAAUAGAGAGCUUCAAGCUGCCUACUAAGUUAGGUCUUUUCCCUUUCUGGGGGCAGGAACGGCGAGCAACAUCGUCACAUACUUGGCAAGGUAUGUUCUUGAAAAUCCUUCCACAUCCAGAGUGGCAGAAGAAAUAAUCUCUCCCUCCCUCCCUCCCUCCCUCUCGCGGUGUUGUUCCAGGGGAAAUGUCGCUCUCUCGGUCUUGAUGACGGCCGCGAGCACCUUCGCUUCGGUGGUAAGAGGAGUUCCAAUUCAAGGUCCCUAGUUUCUUCCUUGCGGAGCUCUGUUGACCGUGGAUUUCCGCAGGUGAUGACGCCAUUCCUCACAUCCAAGCUCGCGGGGCAGUACGUGGCCGUCGACCCAGCCGGCCUCUUCCUCUCCACAGUGCAGGUUGCCCUCCAAUCCUUCUCUCUCACGACCACCUCCCUACAGCCAUUCUCAUUCUCUCUCAUCAUCGUCAUCGUCAUCCUCCUCCUCCUGCGCAGGUUGUGCUCGCUCCAGUGCUGGUGGGGGCGCUUCUGAACCAGUACUGCGGGAGCUUGGUGGGCUUCAUCUCCCCCGUGAUGCCGUUCAUCGCGGUGGCCACGGUGGCGGUGCUGUGCGGCAGCGCCAUCGCCCAGAACGCCGCCUUCAUCCUCGCCUCCGGGCUGCACGUGGUGGUCGCCGUCGCCAGCCUCCACGCCUCGGGAUUCUUCUUCGGGUACGUUUUAUCGAGGCUGCUGCGGUUGGAGGAGCGAUCGGCGAGGACGAUAUCGAUCGAGGUGGGGAUGCAGAACUCGGUGCUCGGCGUGGUGCUCGCCGGGCGGCAUUUGGGCAGCCCGCUGGCGGCGGUGCCGUGCGCCGUGUCCAGCGUCUGCCACUCGGUGUACGGCAGCGCUCUGGCCGGAGUCUGGCGGAGCAGGCCGGCGGAGUAA